AUUCUCCAAUUCAACCCCUUGCGAUGCAACCAGUGCCCCCCCAUUGAAAAGAACUGAGAUGCUGACCGCAAGGUCCGGCCAGGGACCGAGAUGGACCUCCUGCGCCACUCUCGCCAUCCUCGCGACCGUCCUUCUUGGUGGCCCGCACCUCGGGCAAUGCCAGGACAGCGACAACGACAGCCCAUUCUUGCAGGGUGCAUUCUCCAGCUACUUCUUGAACUUCACCAAAGUUUUUGCAAGCGACAUCAGCCAGAACCUAGGAUACUGCAUCAAGGACUCUGAUAAGGAUUGGAACGAGGCGUUCAAUUUCUCCAAGGAUAUGAGUUUUGUGAAUAAUUGCCUCAGGGAAAGAAAUGAUCUUUCGAGGCGCAUAUGUACAGCUGCAGAUAUUAAGUUCUACUUCAGCAGUUUAUAUGGCGGCAAUGAUGAGAACAGGGAGCAGAGCAACACAAAAAAGAAUUACUUAAAACCCAACAAGAACUGCAACUUGACAACAUGGUUGAGUGGAUGUGAGCCAGGAUGGGCAUGCAGUGUUAGCAAGGAUGUGAAAGUUAAUAUGAGAGAUACCAAGGUCAUGCAUCUUAGAAAUCUCGACUGCCGUCCAUGCUGCGCAGGCUUCUUCUGUCCUCGUGGUCUCACUUGCAUGAUACCUUGUCCCUUAGGUGCAUACUGCCCGGUUGCAAAACUAAAUACAACUACGGGCGUCUGCGAGCCAUACACUUACCAAAUACCUCCAGGACAGCCAAACCAUACCUGCGGUGCCGCAGAUACAUGGACCGAUGUUUUAAGUAAUGAUGAAAUCUUCUGCCCAGCAGGAUAUUAUUGUCCAAGCACUACAAAGAAAAUUUCUUGCAGUAGUGGACAUUACUGCAGGAAGGGUUCUACUCAAGAAUCAAGGUGCUUUAAGAAGAGUUCUUGCAAGCCAAAUUCUGUAAAUCAAGAUAUUACUAUUUUUGGUGCCUUACUAGUGGUGGCAUUGAGUUUAGUUCUAUUGAUCAUAUACAAUUUCUCUGGUCAAAUUCUCACUAAUCGUGAAAGAAGACAAGCCAAAUCCAGGGAAGCAGCUGCAAGACAUGUAAGAGAAACUGCACAAGCUCGUGAGAGGUGGAAAACAGCUAAAGAUGUUGCAAAGAAACAUGCAAUCGGACUGCAGACACAGUUAUCUCGUACAUUCUCGCGCAAAAAAACUGCAGCACAAUCAGGGCCAUUAAGGGGUCUUGGUCAUGGAUCUGAUGAGAAUACAUCAAAAUUACCAACAGCAUUGCCACCAAAGAACAAGGAACCAAGUAAACUUUCUAAAAUGAUGCAAUCGAUUGAAGACAAUCCCGAAAGUGAUGAAGGCUUCAAUCUGGAGAUCGGAGAUAAAAACUUGAAAAGGAAUAUGCCUAAAGGAAAACAGAUGCAUACUCGUAGUCAAAUAUUCAAGUAUGCAUAUGGGCAAAUUGAGAAGGAAAAGGCCAUGCAGCAACAAAAUAAGAACUUGACCUUCUCGGGAGUGAUUUCUAUGGCCACUGACACUGAGGUUAGAACAAGGCCUGUAAUUGAGGUUGCCUUCAAGGACCUAACUUUAACUCUCAAAGGGAGUAAGAAAAAAUUACUGAGGUGUGUGACAGGAAAACUUAUGCCUGGCCGUGUAACUGCAGUCAUGGGUCCAUCUGGGGCUGGGAAGACCACAUUUCUAAGUGCUCUAGCUGGAAAGGCAACUGGAUGUUCUGUGACAGGUUUAGUGCUCAUAAAUGGAAAGGUAGAACCUAUUCGUUCAUAUAAGAGGAUCAUAGGAUUUGUACCACAAGAUGACAUUGUUCAUGGAAACUUGACAGUAGAGGAGAAUCUUUGGUUCAGUGCAAGGUGCAGGCUUUCAGCAGACAUGUCCAAAGCCGACAAAGUUCUAGUUGUAGAAAGAGUUAUCGAGUCUUUAGGGUUACAAGCAGUACGGGAUUCAUUAGUUGGCACCGUAGAGAAACGUGGAAUCUCUGGAGGACAGAGGAAACGAGUAAAUGUUGGUCUAGAAAUGGUUAUGGAACCCUCUUUGUUGAUCUUGGAUGAACCUACAUCUGGUUUGGACAGUUCUUCAUCUCAUCUGCUACUUCGAGCUCUUCGUCGUGAGGCUCUUGAAGGGGUAAACAUCUGCAUGGUGGUUCACCAACCCAGUUAUACCUUGUACAAGAUGUUCGACGAUUUGAUACUUCUAGCAAAGGGAGGUCUUACUGUGUAUCAUGGGUCAGUGAAGAAAGUUGAGGAGUACUUUUCGAGCCUUGGGAUCAAUGUCCCUGAGCGUAUGAAUCCUCCGGAUUACUACAUCGACAUCUUAGAGGGUAUAGUGAAGCCAAACACGAGUACAGCAAUAAACUAUAAAGAGCUGCCCCUCCGAUGGAUGCUUCACAAUGGUUAUGAUGUACCACGAGAUAUGCUACAGAAUGCUUCUGACCUUGACUCAUCAGUAAGGGGAGGUGAAACAAAUGCUGCUGGGGCUGGAUCUGAUGGACAGUCUAUUGCUGGAGAAGUAUGGGAUAAUGUAAAGGAUAUUGUAGGGCAGAAGCGAGAUGAAUAUGAGUACAAUUUCUCGAAAUCCAAAGACUUAUCUAAUCGCAGAACUCCUGGUGUGCUCCAGCAGUAUAAGUAUUUUUUGGGAAGGGUUGGUAAGCAACGCCUUCGAGAAGCUAGAAUACAGGGAGUUGAUUUUCUUAUUCUGUGUCUUGCUGGAGUUUGCUUAGGAACACUUGCUAAAUUGAGCGACGAGACAUUUGGGUCACUUGGUUACACCUACACAGUAAUUGCCGUCUCUCUCUUGUGUAAGAUCGGAGCUUUGAGAUCGUUUUCACUUGAAAAGUUGCAGUAUUGGAGGGAGAGAGCAUCUGGCAUGAGCUCACUGGCUUAUUUUCUAGCAAGAGAUACCAUUGACCAUUUUAAUACAAUAAUCAAGCCAAUAGUUUAUCUUUCUAUGUUCUAUUUCUUUAACAAUCCCAGGUCAUCAAUUCUGGACAACUACGUCAUCUUGGUCGCACUUGUUUACUGUGUGACUGGUAUCGGUUAUACUUUUGCUAUCUUCUUCCAACCAGGGACUGCCCAACUGUGGUCUGCAUUGCUUCCCGUUGUUUUAACUCUCAUAGCAACUCAGGAGAAAGUUUCAAAAGUCAUAUCUAACUUAUGCUACACAAAGUGGGCACUUGAAGCAUUCGUGAUUGCAAAUGCUGAAAGGUAUUCUGGAGUCUGGCUAAUUACUCGGUGCGGUUCAGUUGUGCAAUAUGGAUAUGACAUUGGUGACUGGAAUCUUUGUUUAUUUGUUCUCGUUGUUAAUGGUAUAGUUUUCCGCUGCAUUGCCUUCUUUUGUCUGAUGACCUUCCAAAAGAAUUGACGCUCAGAAAAUUUACAUUUUCUCUCAUUGUACCUGUGUACAAAAGCUAAAAUCAGUUUUGAUAUGCUUUUACUGUAAUAGGGAAUGUAAAAAGAACAGCAGUUAUUAAUUAGAUUAAAUCUUACAAGCACCAAUAUCAGGAUGUGUUUUAAAUGUGAGGGAA